AUGCGUAGAUAUAAUAAUUCAUCAUCGAGGUUCGGUAUCUCACGUAAUAAGAUUACAAUCUUGGUGGGUGUGGUGUUGUUUCUCUAUUUGACAUCGUUCUGGAAUUUCUCGAGUAAUAAUAAUAGCAGUAGUAAUAAUAAUAAUAGUAAUGUAAAACCUGAGAGUGUAGAUGUCACUGAAAAACCAACAAGACAUCCAUCGAAUCCACCCACACAACCACCUCACACAAAAACACCGAUCGAACAAUACGAUAGCGACAACAAUGCAGAUCACUACGCCAACAACAACAACAACGACAACAAUCAGAAUAGCAACGAUAAAGCCGAUGUAAACUAUAUUCCCAUAGACAUUGACAGCGAUUCACCCUCGACAAAGAGAAGCGAUAACCACGAUGUCGCUAUCGUUACGCUUGGAUACACUUUGCACUCUGACGGUAUGCCAUCAAAGAUCUUGAAGGAUCGUGUGUCAACGGCCGUCGAUGCCUACGUGCAGUUGGUAAACACCGGUUCCAAUCCACUUCUCAUCUUCUCUGGCAAGGGAAAGACCGGUAACAACGAACUCGAUGAAUACGAAUACAAGUCGGAAGCUGCCGCUAUGAAAGAUCUCGCUUUGGCACUCGACGAUAAGGUUCUUGAAUCUAGCAUCUACCUCGACUUGACCUCGACCAACACAGCUGAGAACGCUCUCAAUACAUUGGGUCGUCUCGAAUCCGAUGGAAUCUCGCGUGUCUACGUUGUCACCUCUGACUUCCACAUGUUGCGUGCACAAUACACCUUCCAAACCGUGUUCCCAGCACACAUCGAAGUCAGCUUCCACUCGACACCAACCAGCGAAAAGGUUCAACAACUCAACGCCAAACAGGAGCGUGCUCUCAUGGAGUCGAGUCAGAAGGAUCUCGAAAAUCUCGGAAUCUUGGCUGGUGCCACCGAGACUGGUUACCACCCACUGAGAAACUUGCCACGUUGGAGAAUGAUCGAGCGUGAAAUCGAAAUGGACAGCAAGAAUCUCAGAGUGAUCCCAGAGAAUGCCAAGGCAGUCGACUACGGAUCGAACCACGGAUACUUCUCUGUCAACUUGGCACAGAAGCUACCAAACGUCCUGGUGAUGUCGCUCGAGGGUGAGGCGAUCGGUGAAUACAGCAAAGCACACGAGGCACACGAAGCCAAGAUGAAGGAACUCGAAAUCAACAACAACUACCUCUGUAAGACCACCAUCAAAUCGUCGAUGUUCAAGGAACUCGUCACCAAGAAGCACGUCUAUGAAUAUCAGUUGUGUCUGAGUGUUUUCCAUUGGUUCGGAAUGAAGACUCGUGAGCAAUUCGAAGAGGUAUUGAUGAAUCACUUGAUGAACGGAAAGACUACAUUCAUUGAGUUGCCAGAAGCUAUUCACUAUGAAGGAUACGCACAACACGCCGCCAAGGACAUCAACGUUUGGUACGCCGGUAGAACCGAAGAUCAGAUCUUCAACGAUAUUAGAACACGUUAUCAACUCAACAUGACAUGGAAGACACUCGGUGCAUUGCUGCACGACAACAAGACCGUAAGAAAGGUCAUCAGAGUAGACGUUAGACAUCAAGAUCGUGAUCCAUUAGAAGUAUCUGAUUUAGAGACAGUCUAUGCUUGUAGAGCAAAUAGUAUAAAAGUAUAA